AUGUCCGGAGAAACGCUUUCACUUCCCGCUCCAUCUGAUGAACAGGCGUACAUGUAUGUAUCUGCCCUUGAAGGUGGACACAUGCACGUUCCUUUGGAUUUAAUUUUUGCUGGUGAUCAACCGGACGAACCGAUAGUUUGCCCCUCGCUUGCAUUCUUUCUACGUCACUCGAAGAGCAAUAAACGAGUCGUUUUCGACCUAGGGAUUCGCAGAGACAUAAAAGAGUUUGCGCCUGCUGCAACAGAAAGGUUCUUGCCUACUGUAAAGCAGACGGUGGCAGAGUCCUUGGAGGCGGGUGGUGUUCAACCCUCCUCCGUUGACGUGGUAGUCUUGAGUCACCUCCAUUGGGAUCACGUCGGAGAUCCCUCCCUAUUUACUACAGCCGAAUUUGUGCUCGGGGAAGGAUCGAAGAAAGCUUUAGCGGACCCUGGCUCCUGCCACAAUCCUGCAGCCUUUACAUCUGUUCGUGUACCGGAAGACCGUUUGCGUUUUAUCACAACUUUGGACCUAAACGUGGCAAUCGGUCCCUACCCCUGCGCAAUGGAUAUCUUCGGCGAUGGCAGCAUGUAUAUCAUUGAUGCAUCAGGGCAUGUUGACGGGCAUAUUAACAUUCUUGCGCGCACUUCCCAAGAUGGUGCUUGGAUCCUGCUAGGUGCAGAUUCGGCUCAUCCCCCCGAUCUUAUCACGGGGAAAAUGCAGAUUGCGUACCGUGUCGACCCGAAUACGUGCUCGGUGAUGUGCGUGCACGAAGAUAAGGAAGCCGCAGAGGAGAAUAUCCGUAGAAUGAGGGUGCAGGUUCUGAUUUCACAUGAUAUAUACUGGUAUCAAGAAAACAAGAACAAAGACGUCUUCUUACCGCACAUAAUACCGCCGCUCGUACCGUGA